GUCUUCUGGUGUGCAUGAGAAUGUUGAAGCUUUAGGAAUGGGCGAGGUCAAAGUGUGGUGGGAGCCUAAGGUGCGCUUCACUCCUGUCGACGUCUGCAUGGACCAAGUACAAACGCAAGUCUGCUCCACCUCGCGCAAGACACCUUUGCGCCUGCACAAAUUCUGCGCGCGAAUGCUAAAGCACUUCUCGCUCCGUUGCGUUCGAGCCAUGGGCGGACCUUUGACCACCACCAUUACUGAACCCCUCGAGCGUCUCCCACAAGAGAUUUACGCCAUACAUAAUCUAUGGCGAAGUCUUCUCCAUCCCAGGAGCUGCCGCGAAAGGCUAUCGUGUCGCCCAGCACUGCUCCUCCGGAUUAACAAGGAGACUCAAGCUUGAUACAACAGAUCUCACUACUGCAAUAUGAACGUAUCAACAUCAUCGAGAGGUGGCUCGAGUCGCUCUCUGCCGAACAGCUCGAUCUGGUCGUCAGAUUCUCAUGCCAGUACACCAACAAGCACACGACCACGCUUCAAAGCAAAAUCGUUUGAGGACAGUACCCGGUUGUUUUUAUCAGGGAGAUGAGGCUCACGGAGCAAUGGCUCGAGAAAAUGCCUAGGCUUGAGCUUCGCGCUUCACGCUUCACGCUUCACGUUUCAAUGCCUCAUUGUCUCUUGAAUCUCUGAGUCGAUGCAGAGUCGCACGUGCUGUUGACAAGAACCGAAUCACAGCAGAAUGGCGCUGAGCAGAAAUAAUGCGACAGUGGCUAUAGUCGCUCCUUUGCAGUUACGUACGACAGGCAACUUGAAGACCCACGAAGCAUAAAUACGUCCGGUCUACUACCUUAUAACGAGGGCAGUCAAUGUCUCAGAAUAAGCAGCAUUGCAACGAUCCUGCCGCAGUGCCGCCUAUAAGCGCGUUAGAUCCGGCCUUGCUGCCGAGAGAGGAAGGUCGUUCUGCAAUCAGGCUUGGCUUGCCUUGGUCCUCGCGAAUCAGCCGGUGACGUGACGAGGUGCUUCCGAGUGACAAGAAAUGCCAACAUCGACCACUGCAUGACUAGAUUACAGGAACGAGAGCACAAGAGAUAGCUGUCGGUUGAGUAACGGUCAAUGUCUUUGGCAAGCAUAUAUAUGCGAGCCC